GUUUUAAAGAGUCCCUUUCUGAUUGCAGCUGUGCCUUUGACAAACCACUGCUGAGUCUGUAAGAGAUGCCACUGCCACUGCCACUCCAAAGUUCCAAGUCCCGCAAAAUUAUGCCCAGUGACCAUGACCAAUCUGAAAAGAGGAGGGAGAAUUACCAAACAAAGAUGUCUCCAUCUGCACCUCAGGGAACACUCAAAAAGAGAUCAGCUUUUGAAGAUCUUACCAAUGCUUCUCAAAGUCAACCUGCCCAGCCCAAGAAAGAGGCCAAAAAGGAGUUCACUAAUGGUGUUUUCAAGAAAAUAAAUGGAAGCACACUUGCUCUUGGGUUGGCCAAAAACAAUGAGUUGAGUCUAAAAACGUAUAAGCUGAAACCAUUACGAGUCAUAGCCUCUACCACCUUGGUAUCAAACAUUAUGGAGAAACUAUUCAUUCUGGAGAUAUCUACCAUCUCCAAAACACUCACUACUGAGAGGGCAUCUCUUUCCAAAAAGUCAUUAGUUUUAAAAGAGGAUCCCACUACUGAGGAGGCAACCCUUAUCAAGAGGCCAUUAUCUUUAAAAAAGUACACGAAUCUGGGGAACAUGUCCCUCUUGAAAAAGUCAUUAUCCUUGCGUGAGGAGACUGACAAUGAAGAUGAGUUUAUUAUAGUGCCAGUGACUUUAAGGAAGAAGCAUAGAACUGAAGAGGCAGCCAUCACCAAGAGGACAUUAUCCUUAAAGAAGAAGAUAUGCACACAUCAGGGGAAGCAGUCUUUCUGGGAUGAGUUAUUGGCCUUGCAUGAGAAGAUCAACAUUGAAGAGAAUUCCUUCUUUAUGAAGCCAGUGAACUUUAGGAAGAAGCCUAAAACUGAGGCAGCAACCCCCACCAGAAAGCUGUUAUCUUUAAAAAAGAAGAAGCUUACCACUGAGGGGAAGAUGUCCUGCUUGAAAAAGCCACUAGUAUUGCAGAAGAUCACCUGUGAAGAGAAGUCACUCUUUAAGGAGCCAUUGUCCUUUAAGAAAAAACCUGCCACUGAGGAGGAGUUCGUCUCUCAAGAUUCUUCUACAUUACAAGGGAAGCACACCACUCAGGGGGACAUGUCCAUCCUGAAGAAGUCCUUGCCCUUACAAAAGACUCCCAUUGAGGAGCAGUCACUUUUUAAGGAGCCUUUGGCUUUUAAGAAGAAGUGUACCAUUGAGGCAGCAACCCUCACCGUGAAACCAUCAUCUUUAAAGAUGUGCACUACUCAGGGGAAAAUGUCCCGCUUGAAGAAGCCACUAAUACUGCAGAAGACCAUAUCUGAAGAAAAGUCAGUCAUUGAGGAGCCAUUGUUCUUUAAGAAAAAGCCUACCAUUGAGGAGUCCUUUUUCCAGCAGCCAUCUGCAUUGCAAGAGAAGCAGACCACUCAGGGGGAAGUGUUCAUCUUGAAGAAGCCAUGGGCAUCCCAGGAGAAUGUCAACAGUGAAAAUUCCUUUGUUAUGGAGCCAGUUUCCUUUAAGAAGAAGCAUACCACCAAGGAGGCACCCCCCACCAAGAAGCUGUUGUCAUUAAAAAAGAAAAAGUGCACCACUCAGGGGAAGAUAGCCAGCUGGCAAGAAUUUUUGGACGUGCAGGGCAUGUUUGUCAAAGAAAAGGAUUCCUUCUUAAUAGAGCCAAUGUCAUGUAGGAAGAAUCCCACAACUGAGGAGGCAACCAUCACCAAGACACCAUUAUCUUUAAUGAAGAAGCAAAUCACUCAGGGGAAGAUGUUGUUAAAGAAGCCACUAAUGUUGCAGAAGACUGCCUCUGAAGAGGAGUCACUCUUUAAGAAGCCAUUGUUCUUUAAGAAGAAGCCUACACCUGAGGAGGAGUCCCUCUUCCAGGAUCCAUCUGCAUUGCAAGAGAAGCACACCUUUCUGGAGGAGGUAUCGCUCUCAAAGAAACAAUUAGUCUUGCAGGAGAAAACCACCAGUGAAGAGGAAUCAUAUAGUAAGGAACCAUUGGCCUUGAAGGAGAAGCCAACCACUGAGGAGGACUUCUUCUUUCAGGAGCCAUUUCCAUUACAUGAGAAACCUGGCAACAAAAAUGAGUCCCUCUUCCAGAAGGUUUUGUUUUUGCAGGAUAAGACUGAUAUCAAAGAGGGGUCCUUCAAGAAACUGUUGGCCUUGCAAGAGAAAACCACCACUGAAAAGAAGCCCCUUUUUAAGAAGCCAUUGGACCUCAAGAAGGAGCCUUCUGCUGAGGUGGCAACAAUCAUAGAGAGGCAAUUAUCUUUAAAGAAGAAGCCCGCUGCUCAGGGGGAAGUGUUUCUCUUAAAGAAUUGGUUGGUCUUGCAAGAGAACACCGCUAAUGAUAAGAAGUCCCUUCCUAGGCAGCCAAAGGCCUUCCAGGAGAUAACCAGCAUUGAGAAAGGGGCCCUCUUCAAGGAGCCUUUGGUCUUGCAGGACAAUCCCAGCAUUGAGGAGGCAGUCCUUAAAGAGCCCAUGGACUUGAAGGAGAAGCCUACUUUUGAGAAGGAAGUCCUACUGAAAGAGUCCACUAUUGAUACAGAGGCUCACUUCAAGGGACCCCUGACCUUGCAGGAGAAGCCUAGGAUUGAGAAGGAAGCCCUCCUCAAGGAUCUCACUAUUGACACAGAGGCUUACUUCAAAGAGCGCUUGGCCUUGCAGGAGGAGCCCAGCAUUGAGAAGGGAGCCCUUUUCAAGGAGCCUUUGGCCUUGCAGGAGAAGCCUACCAUCAAUGAGGCAUUCUUUUCCAAGAAAAUAUUAGUUUUGAAUGAGAAACCCACCACUGGGGAGAAGUUUUCCUUCAAGGAGCCUUUGCCCUUGCAAGGAAAUCCUACCAUCAAGGAGGACAUGUUUCUCAAAGCACUCUUGACCUUCCAAGUUGAGACAAACCCACAUCUGUCCAGCACUGCCAUUGAAUCCAGAACAGGCAAGUCCAGCACUGCCACCAUGUUCAGUGUGGGCAAGUCCAGUACUCCCAGCAAGUUCAGUUGGUGUGAAUCCAGUUCCAAAAAAUAUUUCUCACCUCAGGGCAAGAGAACACAGAAAGAGAUGACCUCACUAGAGGAUAUUGACGAGGACCACAGUGAUCCAUUUUUCAACUCAACAUAUGCCAAGGAUAUAUUCAGUUACAUGAAAGAGAGAGAGGAAAAAUUCAUACUUAAAAAAUACAUGAACAGACAAACUGACAUCAACAGUGAUAUGAGGGCCAUUCUUGUGGACUGGUUGGUGGAGGUACAGAUGGCCUUUGAGAUGAGUCAUGAGACACUGUACUUGGCAGUGAAGCUGGUGGAUCACUACCUAAUGAAGGUAGCGUGCAAGAGGGACAAGCUGCAGCUCCUUGGUUCCACUGCCUUUCUGAUUGCAGCAAAAUUUGAGGAGACCUGCUCACCUUGUGUGGAUGACUUCCUGUACAUCUGUGAUGAUAUUUAUCAGAGAGAUGAUGUGCUUGCCAUGGAAAUCAGCAUCCUGAAAACCCUCAAAUUUGAUAUCAACAUCCCCACUGCCUAUCAUUUUCUGCGCAGAUAUGCUAUGUGUGUCCGUGCCAAUAUGAAGACCCUGACCUUGUCCCGCUUCAUCUGUGAGAUGACCCUGCAAGAAUAUGACUAUAUCCAGGAGAGGGCUUCCAAGCUAGCUGCUAGCUCCUUCCUCCUGGCCCUCUACAUGGAGAAGCUUGGACACUGGGCUCCUACCCUGGAAUAUUACAGUGGCUAUAAGACCUCUGAUCUUCACCCCUUGGUCAGGCAGCUGAACAUCAUGUUGACUUUUCAAUCUUGUGACAGGCUCAAGACUGUGUAUUCCAAGUAUUCUCACCAGGUCUUCUUUGAAGUCACCAAAAUACCCCCCUUGGACAUGUUGAAUCUGGAGGAGAUCUUGAACUAUUACUGAUUUUGAGACUGAGAGUCUGAUACCCUGACAACAGCCAUGAGAGCCAGGCAGACACAUUAAUAGGCUGUAUUUAUUCUGUGUUUAAAUUUGUCUUUUGGUUACUUAUUUU